CAGUAUUACGCAAGUGAUAAAAUUGGAAAAAGUACACAAAGGAAAAAUAUGUAAGACUGCGUGGUUGGUGGUAGAAUGUUCAAGACAAUGGCAGCCACCAGAAUAUGCAGAUUGUGCUGCAACAUUGUUACUUCUACUCGCUGCUCAGCUCUGUUCAGCAAAGAGUCUGUUCAAAGAUGCCUUCCAGACAGACUUGGCAAAUUGCUAGAGCUGCCAGUUAGUGAGUGUGAUGGGCUAUCUUCAUACAUUUGUAGAGCUUGCACAAACAAAUUCCAGUCUCUGGAGUCUAAACUUAAAGCCUUUAGAAGUAUGGCUAAGUGUGGUUUUGAGCAGGGUCGAAAUAAGGCUUCCAUCUGUAGUCCUAUGGUAUCAGGUAGGAAGAGAACUAAAGACAUCAGUGGGCUUGAAGCAUCACCUCACACAGUCCAUGCUAGACCUCUAGCAAAACGUCUGACAGUAGGAGCACCUGGAAGAAGGCUUGCUUUCUCAACCAGGGAGGAACCGCACACAGACUGUCCUCGUCAGCCACCGCUGUUAGAGUUGACCAAUCUCGAGCAGUUUUCUUCUGUUGACGGUUCAGAAGGUGUUGCAAGAGAUAUUUCCAAGCCUGGUUCGACUGAAACAGUUAUGAUCACAGUGAGCUCACCCAGUACAGUGACUGCGGAAGUAGAUGAAAGUCUCCAGAAAUUACGCCAGGCACUGAAUAGUGGCAACAUUCAGUCUAUUGCCAAGGCAGCAUUUUCUUGCCCUUCACUGAAGGACCAAUUGGUAGAGGGUGUGGUGAAAAUUCUUGACGACGAAUGUUCCACUCUAUGUCGUAACUCUGGGGAGUUUGUCUCUCUAUUUCACCGGGUUCCAAUUGACAAUGUGGAAGCGUUAUCGUGGAAACAGGCUGUGUCUGAACUACAGCGAAAGUCUCCGAUUCUAUUUAGGCUUAUCCAGACGAUCGUAGGACGUUCAGAUCAUAGGAACUUGCAUAAACGCGGAGAGAGUCACUACCCUGGGAUGUGUAUGGCCACAGCAAUUCUCUUGAAAGAGCGUAACACAAGAAUGUGUGGUAUUCAGUCGUUUCUGUCUCUCGUACUCUUCAACUGUAGAGUAAACAAAAAGGUUUGUAUACUCCAGGCUGAAUCAUCUUAG